UAAAUAUGUGUUCCCUAAUCUAAAUGUUACCUGAAUGAAUACUAUCCAGCAAAGCAGAAGAGAGAAAACUAGAUUUUGUCUUGUGUGAGAUUAUGAAAAUUGAUUUGAACUUACUCUCACAGAGUGUCUGUGGGAGGGCCUUGUGUGUGGUUAAUGACUUGGUAGCUGAGGCUUGGUCUUUUUAGACAGAGGUGCUCAGACACAGUGAAACACCUCCUUCAUGCAGAGGCAAUACAUGCACACACACAGUCUUGUCUCAUACCUGCACCAUGAGCUGUGACCAGAACUACCCUUUCCCUGAGGUGUUCCUCGUGGAGAGUGGCGGAAGUCCACAGCGCUCUGCCCAGCCUCCAGGUCUCCAGGUCCCCAGCUGGUCAUUCCCCGCUGCACAGGAGAGGGUGAGGAGCCGUGGGAAGAGUCGAGGCUUCAUGGGAGUCAGCCCCAGCCUGGCCAUGAUGGUGUUGAUGCUGUUCCUGCUUGUGUUUGCAGCACUGGGCUUUGAAGCUUUCCAGGUUCACAACAUGCAGACAGAACUGGCACAACUGAGAGAAAGUGGACAGAGUGAAACCCCCCCAGAGAUAAUUGCACCCCAGAAGCAAAUUGGCGACUUUAAACCUAAAGACAAAGAAAACAGACUGGCAGCUCAUGUGAUAGGACGGAUUGAAAAUGGAGGAUUCCGUGAGACUUUGCGGUGGGAGCCGAAGGUCAGUCGAGCGUUCAUAUCCGGAGGAGUGACUUACCGGAUUGAGGAUGGAGGCCUGCAGGUCAACGAGAGCGGACUCUUUCACAUUUACUCACGGGUGGAGCUGAUCUUUAAGACAUGUUCCCCCAAGUCCUCAUUCGUUCACACCAUGUUCAUGAGGAGGAAAGGGCAUCCCACGCCUCUGACCCUGAUGAACGCCAACAGAGCCGGUUUCUGCUCUCAUCAGCCGCAACACCCCUGGACCUCAGAGAGUUACCUGGGUUCGGCCAUGCAGCUGCAGAAAUAUGACACGGUUUUUGUGAAUGUGUCACACCCCAAACUUCUUAGUCAUGAACGCUACGGCAACUUCUUUGGUCUCUACAAGAUAUGACGAGUGUGUGGUGCAGUGAUGGGCUUUGAGUUUGAGCAUUCAAAAGAAAGACGGUUGCGGACGUGAAUGAAUCUUACUCAUCCCUUCACCCAAGUGAUUCAAAUGUUGACUCUUAUUCCUCUGAUGUACAAUAUGUGAAGUGAAGAGCUUCAUAUCACAUAUAACAACCAAUUCAAAAGCGCACACUUUUGAAUUGGUUGUUAUAUGAAGCAGUUACACAAAAACUGAUGAAUAAAUAUUGUGCCUUUUGUUAAAGGUCCAGUGUUUAACAAAAAAUAAAAACAAAGUUAAAUAUUUAUAUUGUAUAAGUGUACUUAAAUACUUUUUUAAAUAAACAUCAUUUGAACUUCAUAGCCUUAGAAUAAACGUUUAAUAUGUCCUGCAGGUCCUUUCUUUGCAGAGCCUGGUUUCUAUAGCAGCCCAAGUAAACCAGCCAGAGAUUGAAUUUUGGAUUUUGAAGCAAUGGCUUAUGAUGCAAACAUCCUUUCUGGUACAUGAAGGCCACCGUAGUUCCCUAACAAGAGGGAGGUGUGGCUGAGCUAAAAGAGCUUUCACUAAAUCUUACACACUGGACCUUUAAUCUAGAGUCAGUUAACACUACGAUGCUGAUUGUAGAAGUUGUAGCCUUUUUUUUAAUAUUUAUUUUGGUGGCGAUCCAACAUGUAUGAUGUCUAAAUGUGUUUCCUGGUAACAGGAGAAAAAAUAUUUUAUGAUUCUGUUUUUCAAAAAUAAAUACAAAGAUAAUUUAAGUUAAAGCUA